CUGCAUCUCCAUCUCAGACACAUCAACCCUCACAAUGACUCCUCCCAAGAUUGCAAUCAUCGGCGCGGGCCCUGCCGGUCUUACUUUGGCCCGUCUGCUGCAACACAACAGCAUCCCCUGCAUCGUCUACGAGGCAGAGGAGAACCGCCAUGCUCGCACACAGGGUGGCUGUCUGGACAUCCACGAGGGGUCUGCACAAGUCGCUCUGCGGGAGUGUGGUCUUUUCGAAGAGUUCCUUGCAGUUGCCCGCACGGAGGGUGAGGUGUUGAAGAUUUACCAGCCCGACGGUGCACUGCUGCUCGAUGAAGGUUCCGAUUACGGCGAGAAGCGCCCAGACUCUUUCAACGGACGUCCAGAGGUCGACCGGGUCAAGCUGCGCAGCAUGCUCAUUGAUUCGCUCGAAUGGGGCAGUCUGCGCUGGGGCCACAAAAUCAAGAAGGUCACGACUGAAGCCACGGGCACCCGUCUGCAAUACGACCUGCACUUCCACGACCACACCGAGACCGGGUUCGACCUGGUGGUUGGCGCCGACGGGGCCUGGAGCAAGGUGCGCCACUUGCUCACGGACACCCGGCCCAUUUUCUCGGGCAUCUCUGGCGUGGACUUCAAGUACAGCGCCAUCGACGAAAAAGACCCGGCUCUGGCCCAGCGCGUCGGCAAGGGCAUGUGCCUGACUCUCGGCAGCCACACGACUGUACUGUCGCAGCGGAACGGCGAUGGCUGCGUCCGGACCUACGGGUUCAUGCGGCUGCCGGAGGACUGGCACACGACGUGCGGCAUCGACUGGACCCAGCCGCAGCAGGCCAAGCGAGAGUUUGUCGAUCGCUACUAUGAAGGGUUCAACGAUGACUCCAAGAAUCUCAUGUUGGAAGCCGACGACGAUUUGGUGCCUCGCCCCAUGUACAUGCUUCCCAUCGGUCACAAGUGGCAGCACCGUGCAGGUUUGACUCUUAUUGGCGAUGCCGCCCACUUGAUGACACCAUUUGCGGGAGUUGGCGUGAAUGUGGGGAUGGAAGAUGCUCUAGAGCUGGCACGGGCCAUCAUUGCGCGCAAGAGCACUUGGGAAGAUGGCCAGCCCUUUGCAGGUGCGAAUAGUCUCUCCGCCGCAGUGGGGCAAUACGAACAGGCCAUGUUCCCUCGUGCUGAAGGCUACGCCCGUGAGACGUGGAUGUAUCUGAACCUGUUCUUCAACGAGCGGGGCGGUCAUGCCAUGUGCGAACACUUUGCCAAAGCGAAGGAGCAGGCUAAGGAGGCUGCAGUGGAGAAGAAGCCUGAAGAGGCGGAGAAGACUGGGAAGGUGAAGGAGACGGUGGUGGAGAAGGCUAUUGCUGUGGAGUAA